AUGAAUAAUAAUGAUGAUAUAUUGGAUGAUGUUUUUGAAUUGCGACGUUUUGAACAAGAACUUGAAUUUAUUCAGUGUCUUGCAAGUCCUUGGUAUUUAAAUUUUCUUGCACAAAGUAAAUAUCUUUCCUGCCCUGUAUUUCUUAAUUAUCUCAAAUAUCUGGAGUAUUGGAGACGUCCAGAAUAUGCUCAAUUUUUAACAUAUCCAAUAUGUUUGUAUCAUUUAACUCUUUUAAAUGAUGAACAAUUUAGAAUAGAUAUCUCUAGAGAAGAUUUAGCGAGAAGAAUGAAUGAUGAAAUUUAUUAUCAAUGGUUAGAUGGACAAUUAAGUACAAAUGAAGUGGAUAUAAAGAUGAAUGAUUCAGGGGUAAUAGGAGGGGUUUAA